CCCUGCAUGCCCUCGGGACCCCCAGGCCAUGUCUUCUUUCCUCCAGGAGCUUCCGCUCUGCACGGUUCGGCCGCUGUGAGCCCAGUUCCAGUGGCCUCCGUGUCCUCCCAGGGUGGCUUCAACGUCAUGGACAUGAACCACGGACAGGGUUCUUCAGGGGGUUCCAGUGUUCCUGCCCAGGUGCCUCCAACUCCUGCAGGGGUCUCCUUCAGCAUCCAGAUCGGUCUGACGAGAGAGUCGGUGCUGAUGUUACAGAGUGCCGACUUGGCCUAUGUUAAACAAAUUGCCUGCUCAAUUGUUGACACCAAGUUCCCGGAGUGUGGUUUCUAUGGUAUCUAUGAUAAGAUAUUGCUGUUUAAGCAUGACACAUCAACAAGCAACAUCCUGCAACUGGUUAAAACUGCCUCUGACAUUCAGGAGGGGGAUCUGGUGGAGGUGGUCCUCUCUGCGGCAGCCACAUCUGAAGACUUCCAGAUUCGGCCCCAUGCUCUAAACGUACACUCCUAUCGGGCCCCGGCCUUUUGUGAUUACUGUGGAGAGAUGUUGUUUGGACUGGUCAGACAAGGUCUCAAAUGUGAUGGGUGUGGACUGAACUAUCACAAGCGCUGCGCGUUUAGCAUCCCAAACAAUUGUAGAGCAAGGAAGAGGCGCUUGUCCACCACCUCUGUUGGAAGCAGCCAGUCCCUGCAGCUGUCCACCAGCGAGUCUGUUUACAGUGUUGGGACCGCAUCUACUUGUACUGAGGACUCUGGCCUGGUCCGCUCACACACUCAAAUGCCCCGGACGCCAAGUGAGACUCGCCGCUUCUACACGGGCCGACCCGUACAUCUGGACAAGAUCUUGAUGAGCAAAGUGAAAGUGCCGCACACGUUUGCCAUCCACUCGUACACGCGUCCGACAGUGUGCCAGUACUGCAAGAGGCUCCUCAGAGGGAUAUUCAGGCAGGGCUUGCAGUGUAAAGACUGCAAGUUUAACUGCCAUAAACGCUGCGCAUACAAAGUUCCUAACGACUGUCUGGGGGAAACCAUUGGAGACAUGUUAAGUCCCAGUGCUGACCCUGAGGUGCCUAUGGACUACACCAGUGACUAUGACUCCACAGACAAGUUACCAAUGGACGAUUCAGACGAGGCUUGCAGCAUCCCGGGCUCCUUCUCUCCUGAGAGUAACCAAGAUGGAGUCAAUGCAGACCAGAGUGUAUACAUUCCACUCAUGAGGGUGGUCCAGUCAGUCAGACAGACAACCCGUCGAUCCAGCACAGCUAUCAAAGAGGGAUGGAUGGUUCACUACAGCAAUAAGGACACAUUGAGAAAGAGACACUACUGGCGUCUGGACUGUAAGUGCAUCAUCCUUUUCCAGAACAACACCUCAAACAAAUACUACAAGGAGAUCCCUCUCUCAGAAAUCCUAGAGGUGCGACCUGCUGGCAAUUUCACUCUGGUACCAUCCGGGACAAACCCACACUGCUUUGAGAUCAUCACGGGCACCAUGUGCUACUUUGUGGGUGAAGACCCCAACACCCUUCCUCCCCUGUCUAAUCAACAUGCCACCCCCCAGUCACCUCCAUCCCCCAGCCAAGUGGCACCCAAUAGCGGUAUCGGGCGUGAGGUGGCCAAGGUGUGGGAGAACGUCAUCCGUCAGGCCCUCAUGCCGGUCAUCUUCCAGGAUGCCCCCACAGCAGAGGGGAAUGCCACUCAUAGGCAAGCUUCUGUCAGCAUUUCUGUAUCUAACAGUCAAAUACAAGAAAAUGUGGACAUUGGAACAGUCUAUCAAAUCUUUGCAGAUGAAGUUCUGGGAUCUGGACAAUUUGGAGUUGUCUAUGGAGGAAAGCACCGAAAGACUGGGAGGGAUGUGGCAGUCAAAGUUAUUGACAAACUCCGCUUCCCAACUAAGCAGGAGAGCCAGCUAAGGAAUGAGGUGGCCAUCUUACAGAGUUUGCGCCACUUGGGCAUUGUCAACCUGGAGUGUAUGUUUGAAACCCCGGAGAAGGUUUUUGUUGUCAUGGAGAAGCUCCAUGGCGACAUGCUUGAGAUGAUCCUCUCCAGCGAGAAGGGCCGACUGCCUGAGAGGCUCACCAAAUUCCUCAUCACUCAGAUCCUCGCAGCCUUGCGACACCUGCACUUUAAGAACAUCGUCCACUGCGAUCUCAAACCUGAAAAUGUGCUGCUUGCCUCUGCUGAUCCUUUUCCACAGGUGAAAUUGUGUGAUUUCGGCUUUGCCCGAAUCAUCGGGGAGAAGUCGUUCCGUCGUUCAGUAGUCGGUACGCCGGCUUACCUCGCCCCAGAGGUCCUGCUCAACCAGGGCUACAAUCGCUCGCUGGACAUGUGGUCCGUGGGCGUCAUCAUGUAUGUCAGCCUCAGCGGGACCUUCCCUUUUAACGAGGAUGAAGAUAUCAAUGACCAGAUACACAAUGCUGCCUUCAUGUACCCUUCCAACCCCUGGAAACAGAUUUCUUGUGAUGCCAUUGACUUGAUCAACAAUCUGCUGCAAGUUAAGAUGAGGAAGCGCUACAGCGUUGACAAGAGUCUUAGCCAUGCUUAUUUACAGGACUAUCAGACAUGGCUGGACCUGCGAGAGCUGGAGACCAAGUUGGGGGAGCGUUACAUCACCCACGAAAGCGACGACAGCCGCUGGCAGUCUUUCGCCCACCAGUACACUCUGACAUAUCCCGCUCACCUCGUACCCCCGUUGCCGUCACCCGCCUCAGAUGACGAAGAGGGAAGGGACGACACAGACGUGCAAGGCCUCACAGAGCGCGUCAGCAUCCUCUGA